AAAACCCUGUGAGGAGAGAGGACGGACGCCCUUCAAGCAGCUGCAGCCGCGGACGUGCGCGCACCGCUGGAGGCAGUCGCGCUGCAGACCGGCGCUUGUUUGGGGGGAAACUCUGGCUGAUGUUAGUGGCAGAGAGGAGACAGUGGGGACGCGAGCUGGGUGGGCAUGGACAUGUGAGCCAACGAAGUCUGCACAGAUACAACAAAAAUCUAAAGUAUGUCUGCGGCAGGGGCGGGUUGAUGCUCUGAGGGACUUGACACAGGUGAACAAGAGGAGGCUGCAGGCUUUCUUUAAAAAAAUUUCUCUCUCCACGGUGAGAGGACACCGACACGGCAGCUGUAGCUUCCCCCGUGCCUGCUUCACCCAGUCUGGGCAAGGCGUCAAGGUGCAGAGAGAGAGAGAGAGAGGCGCGGAGAAGGAAGGAAGAGCCGCUGCUUCAUCAACUAUCUGCGCAGACAGCUUUUACCGAGUGACCGCAGACAGACGGAGACACCACGGGAGAGGACACUAUGUCAAAGGAGACGAGAGGAAAGGGAUCUGCACGAAAGCACAGCGCCACUCAUUGGUGUCUGCAGAAUAUCGCACAAGAAUCAGUUGACAGCUCCGAUGAGGAGUUCUUUGAUGCCAGAGCAGAUGUUAUGGAGGGGAAGAGCGCCAUUCUGCUGGGCAUGAGUCAGUGGAACUCAAAUGACCUGGUGGAGCAGAUUGAAACUCUGGGACAUAUGGAGGACCAGUCGAAUGAGGGUCUCUACCAGCUGGGUGGUCCACGUUGUGCCCCUCAGAGCAGCAUUGAAGGACUGGAGGACACAGAGAGGAAAUGUAAGACGCAUGUGCUGCUGCUGGUCGUGCACGGGGGAAACAUUUUGGACACAGCAGGCGGAGACCCCAGCACAAAGGCUGGUGAUGUGGCCACCCUGGCGUCAGUGCUGGAGAAGGUGACACGGGUGCAUUUUAAGGCCGCCAGCGAACACGUGAUGAUCAAGCUGGUGCCGUGUCCGGCAGUGUGCGCUGAAGCUUUCUCCCUGGUGUCCAACCUGAACCCAUACAGCUAUGACGAGAGCUGUGUGUCCAGCAGUGUGGACCACCUGCCCCUGGCUGCUCUCCCGCUCCUCGCUAUCGUCUCACCUCGCUACCAGGACGCCGUGGCGACUGUGAUCGCCCGAGCCAACCAGGUCUACCACAGCUUCCUGCAGUCGGAGGACGGCCAAGGAUUCACGGGUCAGGUAUGCCUGAUGGGCGACUGUGUGGGCGGUGUGCUGUGCUUUGACGCUUUGUGCUUCAGCAACCACCAGAGGCCUGGCAGCCCAAACAACAGCAGCAGGAACAACAGCACCGAGAGCCUGAAGGAUAACUCGGGCCUGCUCGGGGAGUCCAGCCCGGGUCUGAGUUCAAGUAAGAGGCUGAGUAAGAGCAACAUCGAUAUCUCUGCCCCCAACGAAGGACACAGCCAGGGCGGGCCGCCGCUCAGCCGCAAGCAAAGCGACUCGUAUGAUGGAGACACCUCGUCCACGGGUCAGCACAGCUUUUUCUCCAGUUUAAUGAAGGAGAGUGUGGAGGUGCGUGGCGGCAGUAGCACCAGUCUGGUGUUGAACCCCGGCCGAUUCGACUUCGAGGUGUCAGACUGUUUUCUGCUGGGCUGUCCGCUGGGCCUCGUGCUGGCCAUGAGACGCACUGUGCUGCCUGCCGUCCAGGUGAGCCAGCUCCAUCCAGCCUGCUCUCAGAUUUUCAACCUGUUUUACCCCUCGGACCCUUCAGCCUCCAGACUGGAGCCGCUGCUGCAGCCUCUCUUCCACAAGUUGCCACCAUUUGCCGUGCCACGCUACCAGCGCUACCCUCUGGGAGAUGGACGCUCAUUGCUCAUAGCGGAGAGUAUCCAAGGCCAUACGAACGUGUUUCUGGAAGGUGAUCAAACUCCUGGAGGUCCAGCUUCACAGACAUCCUCUGAGACAAAGACUGGAGGAGGAGGAGGAGAAGAAGGAGGAGGUCGCAGAGCCAGUGUGACCAGUGUGGAAAGUGAAACGUCGAUUUGCUCCAUGGGCCAGCUGGGAAAUACCAUCGCAAACAUUUCCAGUAGCUGGUGGGGCUCCAAGAGGCUGGAUUAUGCUUUGUACUGCCCUGAUGUGCUGACUGCAUUCCCAACAGUGGCUCUGCCUCACCUUUUUCAUGCCUCCUACUGGGAGUCCACUGAUGUAGCAGCUUUCAUUCUUCGGCAGCUUAUGAGAUGUGACUGUUUGAAGACCCAGGAAGCGGACAAUCUCGACUCAGCCCCGUUCUCUCCCUCCAGCCCACGCGAAAAAUGGCUCAGAAGGAGGACGCAUGUCAAACUAAGGAACGUCACUGGCAACCACAGGGUGAAUGACGUCAUCGCCACCGAGGACGGACCUCAAACUCUGGUUGGUCGCUUCAUGUACGGCCCCCUGGACAUGGUCACUCUGACCGGAGAAAAAGUGGACAUCCUGCUGAUGACACAACCUCAGUCUGGCCGCUGGGUGCACUUUGACACAGAGGUGACCAACAGCAGCGGCAGAGUCACAUAUACCAUACCCAAGAGCAAGAAGCUCGGCCUGGGAGUCUAUCCGAUUAAGAUGGUGGUUAAGGGGGAUCAAACAAGUGCAGAGGCCUACCUGACUGUGUUGCCACGGGGCAUGGAGUGUGUGGUCUUCAGCAUCGAUGGGUCUUUUGCUGCCAGCGUGUCAAUCAUGGGCAGUGACCCCAAGGUCCGCCCCGGAGCUGUCGAUGUUGUCAGGCAUUGGCAGGACCUGGGAUAUCUGAUUAUCUACAUCACCGGACGACCUGACAUGCAGAAGCAGCGCGUGGUAUCGUGGCUCUCGCAGCACAAUUUUCCCCAUGGCAUGAUCUUCUUCUCUGAAGGCCUGGUUCACGAUCCCCUACGACAAAAGACCAUCUUCCUCAGGAACCUCAUACAGGAGUGUCACAUUAAGAUCAACUCUGCUUACGGCUCCAUGAAGGACAUCUCAGUUUACAACAUGCUUGGCCUCAGCCCCUCACAGAUUUAUAUUGUUGGCAGACCUUCGAAGAAGUACCAAAAUCAAUGCCAGUUCCUGAGCGAUGGCUAUGCAGCACACCUUUCCACCCUUCAGUUCGGGCACAGAGCCAGACCCAAGAAAUCUCCUUCGGUUCGCAUGGUCCUAAGGAAAGGUUCAUUUGGUCUCUCAGCGAAGCCUGACUUCCUGUGCAAGCGCACCCACCUGCGCAGGACCAUGUCAGUGCAACAGCCCGACCCACCGUGCACACCCAACCCCAAGCCUGAGCGAGCCCAGAGCCAGCCGGAGUCAGAUAAGGACCACGGGGGAGGAGGAGGAGGAGGAGGAGGUGGUGGAGGAGGAGGUGGAGGUGGUGGACAAGUCACAUGGGGACGGGCCUCCAUGCAUCGUGGAGACACCACUCCCUGACGUCAAGAAAGAGAUGGAAGGAUUGCAGGAGGAUAGAAGAGGAGGAGAACAAAGGGGUCUUAGUGUGCAGGGCCAAGUGUCACCUCUACCUACUGUACUUGUACAUUGGAUCCUAUGCUGGUGUCCGUCACGGCUCAGAUUUACCUCCUGCUUGGCCCUCCACACUUUGCCACCUGUUCGUCCAUUUUUUCGUGACCUGCUUGAUGGAUAAUGCCACUUAGUCUUUGUGCCUGAAAUUUUGAGCCAUUUCCAAGGAUGGCAAUGAUUUUUGCGAAUGUCUGUGUCAAGCUCAAAUUGUGUCCAAUUGUAAAAUCAAGAGAAUGUACUUUAGAUAGUAGAUAUACACACACAUAUUCAUACUCACACACAUGCUUCAGAGGGUGGAAAAUAUGGCAAUGGUGGUGACUUUGAACCUGUAGAGACUUGAGCGACAGCUUACCAGAUGCUGCACCACACUCAGAAACCUGUGCCGGCAGGUGGUUGUGUUGACUGACUCGAGCGCUAACCCUCCACUCAUGUAAAUACUCAACACACAACAUCCCUGUGUGGGCCUGUGGACACAGAAGCACUGUGACAUUUAGGUUCGAUCUGUACACAAGCUCUGCAAUCUGGAGCCCCCCAAUCAGCCGACCUCGCCGAAUGCCUGCAUUUAACUCCCAUUGUUCGUUGUUUCCUUCGCAUUGUGGCUGGCUUACUACUACUCCCCCCCUCGCCAACCCACCUUUCCUUCCCCUCAUCCAGUCAGGCAGAACAUGCCAUUCGACAGUCGCCUCGGACUGGGGGUCCACAGCCGCUGGGGCACCGUGGCAUGCGUGGCUCGGGCCCUGAGGUUGCAUUUGCACUAUCGAAGUACACCGCAGUGAUUCUCAAUUUAACUGCGGCACUGGUUUCAGAAACAAAGAGUUGUAUUUGUAUUUUAUUGUAUUUGUAGUUUUUGUUUCCUUUCUUGCAGAUCGUGCGCUGCCUGUUGGUUACUGUAACUACUGGAGGAUUGAACACAAAUAGUUUGUAGAAAUGUGUUGGUUUGACCAAAAAAAAAUGUUUACAGAUUGAUGGACACAGUUGUAAAAAAUGAUCAGAACUUGUUUGUCUACAUAAUUCAAAUGACAGUGUGUAACUGUCAUUAUGGGCAACAUUAGUUUAGUUGCUUGAUAGUUGCAGCAGCUUGCAGGAUAUUGUACAAUAGACCCCAUGCCAGUUGAAUUUCCAUCAGGAUGCCCUUGUAUCCAUUUACUACAGCUGCACUGGAACCAAUAGAUUUGUGAUGAAAUCUAAUGCUGUCUUGUGCACACUCGAGGUUGAAUUGAGUCUUACUGUGGCCAUGUUUAAAACUCUGUGCAAGUCAAACAUAUUUUUCUAUGAGGAAAUAUUGUAAAAAGAAAUAUUUUCAAUGUAUGUUUUUGAACCUUUUGUUGUUUGACUUGUUGAAUGGUUGAUUUUUUUGCCUUAAAUUGUUUUUGAUGUUGUGUAGAGAUACAAAAUGAUUAGAUUUGUUUGACCAAAGUAUUGAGUUUUACUAUUAACUUCAUGACAAAGUGCAUUUUAUCUAGUUGAUAUUUUGCUUUGACAAUUUUUAGAUACUGUAUAUGUAUGUGUGCAUGUGUGAGUGAGUGUCUACAGUAGAGUAUUUGUUGUAGAGUUGUACUUUCUCGUGAACAUGAAGACAGCUAUGACAGGUCUCUGUGGAGCAAACAGAGGACAAAGUGAGGCCAGUGUUAACAUAGCUGUAUGUUCUCACUGUAGCUCACUACUGCCGGCUUUUCAGAACUGAGCGUGUAACUUUUAUAGAUUCGGAUUGAAGCGGUAUGUCAGAGGAUUACUUUGACAAGGUUUUUAUACCUGCUAUGAAAGAAAAAAGGCUUUUCAGUCUUUAGGGUUUCCUGGUUGAACUGAAAACCUGCAUAGCGGAGCAGAUUGUGCAAGCCAGGAGGGAGCUGUCAUGGACUCUUUCUUUUUUCUUUUUUUUUUCACUGCCUAGGUGGUCCAGUAAUUAGCUAUUUGAUUACUACUAAGUAUGUAUGACUCCCUGUAGUGCCACCCCUGUAAUUGCAGUGCACCAAUUAGCAUUACCUGGUAAUUGUAUGAUAUUGUAGAAACAAUACUAAAAUAUUUAACUCAAUUUUGUUUUGCAUUUAGAUUGCUAAUACUUAAACAUUGUUAUCCAAGCGAAGAAAUGAUCCUUCCCAUCGAUGUAUACACAAUAAUCAAAGUGACUCCAUAAGUCUGUGAUAUUUUUCUGCCAUGAUGAAACACCGGAGGCGUGAACUAUUUAUGCUGGGCAGCAUAAAUGUUAGUAAAUGGCAAAUAAUGAUCUAAUGGUUAAAUGGUGAUUGUUCUGUGCAUGUUAAUUAUCUGAUAUUUUUGAGUAAUGGCUAUGAAUUGUCAUGUUUGUGGUUCUCUUAACUGAGAAUAGAGUAGUGAUUUGUAAAUAAGUGGUGAAUAAGAAAUCAUGGAUGUAAAUUCAACCACCACAUGCUGAGUAAAAUCAAACUCAGUAGUUAAAUUUGUGAUAAAUAAUAGUAAUAACUGUAAUCGAGGCAGGACAUACUGUAAAGUUACCUCUUAGUUUUACCUCAGACACUUAUUUAAUGCGAAUAAUGGAAGCAUUUUAUUCUUUGAUACUAAAGAUUUAUAAUCCUGAUACAGAAACAAAACACCAAGAAAAGAACAACAGCAGAUAGUUUAAGUGUAAAAUGUUUAUAUCUAACGAGAGUUUCAAGUGUAACGCUAUUAUCGUCUUCAAAUAAAUAUGAUUAACCUCCCUUCAGUACUAAUUAAUGUUGUCAAAUGAUUAGUAUUCACCAAAUCAUGACUUAACUAUUGGGUAUUGACCUAAUUUGCCAUUUAUUAACAAUUCAACAAUUAGGUUAUCUAACAUGGUGUGACAGCUCCAUUAAAAAAUAUAUUUUUGUGAUCUUAUUUUGGUCUAUUUGACACUGACACUUUUGACCGAAGAGAGUUAAAAACACCUUUCACUGCUACAAAGUUUAUUAUUUUGUACAGAUCUCCUGUGAUGAUGAACAUGUUAUUGUGUUUAUUGGACUAAGUCCGUCUUUCAUUAUUGCAUAAAUAAAGAAAUUUCAGAGUUGAA